GGGCUCGCGCAGUGACAUCACCGUGCGCGCCUCUGAUGCUGCUCCUGCUGCCAUGACAGGCCGAGGCACCGCCAGCCGCUUCCUCUGCAGCGUCCUGCGGAACGGCCUGGGCCGCUACGUGUGCCAGCUGCAGCGCCUCACCCUCACUUUCAGCAAGGACGCCCAGAGCGCACGCGGGGCCAGAGAAUACAUUGAAGAAAAAGUGGUGGACUUUGCCAGACAGAACCCUGGAAUUGUUGUCUAUGUGACUCCUAAGCAAAGCCGAGUCCCCAAAGUGGUUGCUGAAUACUUGAAUGGAACUGUGAAGGAGGAGGCUUUAACCGGCAAGACAGUGGAUGAGAUUGCACAGAUCAUCCAGAAGCUAGCCAACCAGUCAGGCCUAGAGAUCAUCCGUAUCCGAAAGCCUUUCCAUACUGAUAACCCCAGCAUUCAAGGCCAAUGGCACCCAUUCACAAACAGACCCAGUUUACUCAAUGUGCAGAAUGUUGGUCAGCGGUGUCUCCCUUCUGCAGAAAAAUAAGUCUAUAUUGAUGUAAAGUGUCUGUACAUUGAAUGGUGUGGGGAAUUAUUUGAUCCAGGGCAAGAUAUUAAAUCUUCAUUAAGAUAAAAUAUCUGUUUCUUCUCUGCAAGGAUAAUAUCAGAUUCCCUAGGAACAGAGCUAUCUUGUGUUGUCUGCAAACUAAUACCUGAUGUUGACAUGUGUUGCACCACAGUGUCUUGCUAUUGGGUUGCUAUAUUGAGCGUUACAAACUUGCCUUGAGCAAGGUCUUGAACGGGAUUGGUCUGGUUCCUUCUCCAAGAAGGAAAAGAUAUAAAUUAAUUAGAACUAGAGAGGUUGUGAUCAACUAUGUUGCUACAUUUCUCAAUUAUAUAUUGUGAUUAUAGUAAUUGUUGAUAUUACUAGAUUUGGAAAUAAAGGAAAUGGAAUCACUGCAAA